CGCAAACCGCUGAUGGAGAAGCGACGCCGCGCCAGGAUCAACCACAGCCUGGACGAACUGAGGCGCAUGCUGGACUCGGAGCGGCCCGGCGGCUCGAGGGCCAGCAAGCUGGAGAAGGCCGACAUCCUGGAGCUGACCGUGGAGCGGCUGCAGAGGCUGCGGCGGGACCACGAGGCGCUGAAGAAGCGGCUGGAAGGCGGCGGCGGGCAGGAGGCGGCGCGCCGGUUCCGCGCUGGGUACCGCGAGUGCGCGCGCGAGGCGGCGCGCCUGCUGGGGGCGGCGGCCCCGGCGCUGCGCCAGCGACUGGCACGCCACCUCGCGGCGCGGCUGUGCCAGCUGGAGCUGCCGGCGGUGCGGCCCACGAGGCUGGCCGGCGGCGACCUGGCCCUCGUCACUGCGGCGGGCCCGGGCCGGGACGAGGACCCGCGCGGGCCCGUGUGGAGGCCCUGGACCCCUGAAGAUUUCCAGGCCGCGGAGUGCCGCCCGCUGCCUCUAUGGGGCAUGUCCAGUCAGGAGCGCACGUCCCUCGGCCGAGGGUACAUGAAGCAAGGGGGACAGUAG